GCUUGUGACCUGUAGAGGUUUAGAAAAGGUUGUCGCCAACUAAAAUAAGUGCUUCAAUAAAGGUACAAAUUCUGUGGAAAUCUUUUAACAUUUGAUGUUGCUAAACUUAAGUACAAUAAUGUCACAUGUACUUAUACAGUAAUUGUGGGCACGCCUAAGUCCCUCCCUCUUUCCUAAACCAAAUUCCCUAGAUCCUAGAAAUCCAGCCCUUCUGCCCUCCGGAGGCGCCUUUCCCAACGGCGCAAAGGAACGGCUUCGAGAGGGGGCAUUUCCCCUGCGGAGGACCAGGAAUCUUCCCCGAGCCCGUGCGCACGACUCGCCGGUGCGCCGCGGCCCGCGGACAAUCCUUCAUACACAGACUGUGUUUGACUUGGAAUCUUCCCUUUUUUACUCCAUUCAGUUGACUUAGCAGGGUUUCAAGAGCAGCAUUUAUAAAUUUCCAGUGCCUUCUAUUGAUAGAAUCUAACAGGAAGCCAGCUGCAAGGAAGGAAGCCUGGGAAAUAUCACUUGCAGAAUUCCAAUUCCAUUAGUAGAGAGGAGUGCAGAGCGUGGAGGGUGUUGAGCUUGGAGACAACAGGUCGAUCACAAUCUAAUUUGAUGGAACCAUGCAAUGUUUCCCUGGUGCAAGCAUUCCUGUCUUGGGAGCUAAGACCUCUGCAGGGACAGAAAGCAAAAAUUCUAAUGGAGAUCUCCUCUCAUCAGUCUCAACUCCUGCAACAACUGAACGAGCAGCGCCGGCAAGAUGUGUUUUGUGAUUGUAGUAUUCUGGUUGAAGGGAAGGUCUUCAAAGCACAUCGAAAUGUAUUAUUUGCUAGUAGUGGCUAUUUUAAAAUGCUUCUUUCUCAGAAUUCAAAGGAGACAAGUCAGCCGACCACAGCUACAUUUCAAGCUUUUUCCCCUGACACUUUUACAGUUAUCCUGGACUUUGUCUAUUCCGGCAAACUCUCUCUUACUGGUCAGAAUGUCAUAGAAGUGAUGUCAGCUGCUAGCUUCCUUCAGAUGACUGAUGUCAUCAGUGUAUGUAAGACUUUUAUUAAAUCUUCAUUAGACAUUAGUGAGAAAGAAAAGGAUCGCUAUUUCAGUCUCUCUGAUAAAGAUGCCAAUUCUAAUGGUAUAGAACGUUCCUCUUUGUAUAGCAGUGGCUGGCAAGAAGAAAGCAGUUCUCCACAUUCUCACCUCAGCCCAGAUCAAGGAACAGGUAUAAUAAGUGGAAAAUCUUGGAAUAAAUAUAAUUACCAUCCAGCCUCCCAACGGAAUACUCAACAACCCUUGGCCAAGCAUGAACAAAGGAAAGAUUCCACAAAAAAGUCCAAACAUUUGAGGUUGUCACAACCUUCUGAAAUUGCUCAUUAUAAGUCAAGCAAACGAGAAGCACGCACAUCUGAUUCUUCCAGCCACAUUCCCCAAUCUGAAGAACAAGCACAAAUUGAUGCUGAAGUGGACUCUCCUCCUGUUGGCUAUCAGUACGGUCAAGGAUCUGAUGUCUCAACAAGAAGUUUUCCAGGUGAUAUGCCCAGGAUGAGAUUCAAGUGCCCAUACUGCACACAUGUGGUAAAGCGGAAGGCAGACCUAAAGCGCCACCUUCGUUGUCACACAGGAGAAAGACCCUAUCCAUGUCAAGCCUGUGGAAAAAGAUUUAGCAGGCUAGACCAUCUCAGUAGCCAUUUUCGAACAAUUCACCAGGCAUGCAAACUAAUCUGCAGGAAAUGCAAACGCCAUGUGACUGAUCUAACAGGUCAAGUGGUACAGGAAGGAACCAGGCGCUACAGACUCUGUAAUGAGUGCCUUGCUGAAGUUGGCAUAGACAGCCUCCCUAUUGAUUUGGAAGCUGAACAGCACCUUAUAUCCCCAUCAGAUGGAGAUAAGGAUUCCAGGUGGCACUUGAGUGAAGAUGAGAAUAGAUCCUAUGUGGAGAUUGUAGAGGAUGGGUCUGCUGAUCUGGUCAUACAACAGGUUGAUGACAGUGAAGAAGAAGAAGAAAAGGAAAUAAAGCCCAACAUUAGGUAGCUGUCACGUGAACCAACAGGCUGGCAUGUCUGCAGCUUACAUUGACUUCCUUCAUCUCUUUAUUUCCAUGGUCAGAGUCUGGUUAAUAAUUAUCAGACUAACUUAAAAGUAAUGACCUGAUAUAACUUGCAUGCUUUCUGAACAGGCCAUUGUAUCUAUUCUGAACUUUGUUGCCCUAAAAUAUGUUGCUGCACUGGAAAGAAAGCCUAGCUUGAGUUGGCAUGAUGAACGAUUAAUCCUCUUUUAUGGCAAAGAUACUUUUUUCUUUUAAUAUUGGAAGAUCUACUUAGCAAAGCUUUUUCAAAAAAGUAUUUUAAAUAAAUUUACCACAACCAGGA